CUGCUCGGGGUGAAAUUUUUCGCCGAACUUCUACCAAUGAGUUUAUGGCUGUUGAAGAAGAAAUAAAAACACAUAUUCGUGGAACGUUGGUUUGUUAAAACAUGUUAACUGUGUUUCCAAAUAUGCAUGUUCAGUGAUGGCGAUUCCAGUUUGUGAAGCAGUGUGUUCAAAUGUGUUCAAUGAACAAAUUGUCUCAUCCAAAUUUAUCAACUACCUUUUUCGUUGAUGGUGUUGUAAAAAAACAAAUUCAAGCCGUAGAACAACACGCAUGCAAUGCAACAAUUGGGAAUAUAUUUUGUGCGGUUAAACACCGAUGACUCUGAAUAUACCUACAUAAGCAUAAGUUACAAAAUCACAAACUUUCGAAAAUGAAAAUCUACAGCAAGCAUAAAAAUGGCAAAGUUUUCAUUUCGCUAAAAUGAAAUGAAGAUGUUGAACAGAUACUACGAGAAACUGAGGUUACUGUGCGAUGUCCAGGUGAAAAUUUGAACUUAGAACCAAUCCCAAGCACACACGUGUGGCGCGAUCGCCGAUGAAAGUGGAAGUGAGCGAAAAGUGAAACUCGAAUACUACUAUCGUAAUGCUGAUUGGGCCAGUGCGGUGAGUCUGAAAUAAGCGGCCCAUGAAGUGAAGUGAAAGAAAACUAGCUGAAACAGCGAAUAUUGGAAAAAACAAGUGCGUUCAAGGGGGAAACCAGCCAAAAAUUGGAUAGCGAACUACAGGCGAAGUUGAACAUGUAUCGCCCAAAUUUCUACGAAUCGACGUGUUUGCGGUGCAGUGAGGUCGUCUAUCAGGUGGACCGCGUGGGUCCUCUCAAGGACUUCACCUUUUUUCACUCGGGCUGCUUCAAGUGUAAAAAAUGUGGAACCAAACUCACGCUCAAAACCUAUUACAACAACCAGCACAAUCAUGAUGAUAAAGAGGUUUACUGCUGCUCACAUGUGCCAAAGAGCGGUCCAGGGCAUUUGGAUCAGACAUCAGUUGGCAUUAGGCAAGCGUUGAAUGUACCCAAAAGCACAAACUACGUCAACGAACAGAUAAGGGGUCAUCGAAACGACAGCGUUGAUGGACUGCAACGACAAACAACACCUAACGGCUUCAAUGGAAUCCGCGAAGGCAAUUCACCUCCACAGACUGAUCCUGACUACAAAUAUGGUCGCUUUGAUGCCAGUGCCCUACACAUUGCCCACGCACUCAAGCAAACGGAAAUUCAGAAGGCGUACGACAAACCACGAGAAAAACCAAUCGAUUAUUAUUUGGCUCGCGAGGAGCAGGCGAAGCUGGAGAUGAAACAUAGAAAGGAAGAGGAUGAUUUGUAUAGGAAAUUCGCAAGAAAGCGUGAAGAAGAAGAUAAGAGAAUGCAGAGUGAAUUGCAGGAUGAAUGGGAACGGGAACUUCAACGACUAGCUCAUAAAUUCGAAAAAGAGAUGACUACCUCACGACGCACGAGAGAAGAUCAGAGCAUUCUGACUUUGAAACACGAACAACAAAAAGAAGAUCUGGAGAAGAAUAUGACAAUUCGUAAGACAAAGAAAAAAGAAAGUCUGACAAGAAAACUGCUAGAACACGAGCGCUCAGAAACUGCGGCCUUAGUAGACCGUCAGUCUAGUGAAAUGUUAGAACUCAUCAGUGCUCGACGGAGUGAAUAUAUGCAAACCGAGAGCAUAUUUUUGGAUGAUGAAUUCACGGAAGGCACGGUCACUUUGGAAUAUCCGCUGGUUGCACCGAAACCCGCUCCGCCAGCACUCAGCAAAUUUCAAAUCUACAAUGAUCCCGUUGAGUUCCACGACGUCGAUCAAAUUGCUAUCACAGUUGCUCAAGAAGACCAAAAAACUUUCACCGACCUUGUACGGCAGCUAGUUGGGCGAUGUACCUCAGAUAUUGAGAAGGCGCGUACAAUCUUUCGUUGGAUCACAGUUAAAAAUCUCAACACAAUGACAUUUGACGAUGACCUACGAGGCGAUACUCCCAUGGGCUUACUCAGAGGCAUCAAAUAUGGUACAGAAAGUUAUCAUGUUCUUUUCAAGCGGCUAUGCAGCUAUGCGGGUUUACACUGUGUGGUGGUCAAAGGUUAUUCAAAAAGCGCGGGUUAUCAGCCAGGUGUUAAAUUUCAAGAUUCAAGCCAUCCGAAAAACUCUAGAUUCCGCAAUUCCUGGAAUGCUGUAUACGUCGCAGGUGCGUGGCGAUUCGUACAAUGCAAUUGGGGGGCCCGUCAUUUGGUCAACGCGAAGGAAGCACCGAAAAGCGGAAAAGGUAAAAAUGACAGCCUGCGGUACGAGUACGAUGACCACUACUUCCUGACGGAUCCACGUGAAUUUAUCUACGAGUUUUUCCCGCUACAAGAAGAUUGGCAACUGCUCAAACGUCCGAUCACUUUGAAUGAGUUUGAGAAUCUACCCUUUGUGAGGUCGCUAUUCUUCCGGUAUGGGCUCCAUUUUGCUGAUGAAGGAUACGGUGCCGUUGUUUAUACUGAUGAUACUGGUGCCGCAACUGUUAGAAUAGCUAUGCCGUCCGACAUGCAAGGCUGUCUGAUAUUCCAUUAUAAUCUCAAGUUCUACGAUAGUGAGGAAGAUUCAUACGAUGGGAUAUCACUGAAACGCUUCGUUAUGCAAUCUGUUAUAAGUAAUAUCGUAGCAUUCCGAGUACAUGCGCCCUGUUCAGGGGCAUUUCUGCUGGACAUUUUUGCCAAUGCCGUUACACCUCAAGAAUACCUUACUGGCGAACCGAUGAAAUUCAAAAGUGUGUGCAAAUUCAAGAUUUGUUGCGAAGAAUUACAAACAGUCAUGGUUCCGCUUCCAGAUUGUGCUAGUGGCGAAUGGGGACCAACCAAAGCAACAAGACUUUUUGGUUUGAUUCCAAUUACUCAUCAAGAGCCGUUGAUUUUUGCUGGUCGUGGAAUUGAGCUACAAUUCCGGAUGUCACGCCCGUUGACAGACUUUAUGGCAACUUUACAUAAAAACGGUAUAGAAGAGAAGAAACUUUCGAAGUAUGUACAACACAACGUGAUAGGCGAUACAAUUACGUUCAACAUCAGUUUUCCACAAGAAGGCCAAUAUGGUUUGGAUAUCUACACGAGAGAAGUUGGAUCUAUCUCUAAUAACAACAACUCCUCCAGUGAAAAACACCUGCUUACCCACUGCUGCAAAUAUUUGAUAAAUUCUUCAAAGCGGAACUAGAAUAAAAUGUCGAACCACGUUCACUUA